AUGGAUAACUAUCAGAGAAUAGAAAAAGUCGGAGAAGGUACUUAUGGUGUCGUCUACAAAGCCCGUGAUCUCGGUCACAACGGUCGCAUCGUCGCCCUCAAAAAGAUCCGUCUCGAGACCGAAGACGAGGGCGUACCCAGCACCGCCAUCCGCGAGAUUUCCGUCCUGAGAGAGCUCAACCACCCAAAUGUAGUCAGUCUGCUUAAUAUUGUUCACGCAGACGGCCACAAGCUCUACCUCGUCAUGGAAUUCCUCGACCUGGAUCUCAAAAAGUACAUGGACUCCCUUCCCGUUACUGACGGAGGACGCGGGAAGCCCCUUCCCACUGGAACUGCCACUACCGUACGCAACUUGGGAAUGAACGAAAAGGUGGUCCAAAAGUUCAUGCUGCAUCUUUGCGAGGGUAUCAAGUAUUGUCACUCGCGUCGUAUAUUGCAUCGUGACUUGAAGCCCCAAAACUUGCUCAUUGACAAGGAUGGAAAUCUCAAGUUGGCUGAUUUCGGACUGGCUAGAGCCUUCGGCGUUCCUUUGAGAAGCUAUACCCAUGAGGUCGUCACCCUUUGGUACCGUGCUCCAGAGGUCUUGCUUGGUGGAAGACAAUACUCGACUGGCGUUGACAUGUGGUCUGUCGGUACCAUCUUUGCUGAGAUGUGUUCCCGAAAACCCCUUUUCCCUGGUGAUUCCGAGAUUGACGAGAUUUUCAAGAUCUUCCGAACUCUUGGAACACCUGACGAAGACGCCUGGCCCGGUGUCACCACGUAUCCUGACUUCAAGCCCUCCUUCCCUAAGUGGCAGCGAGACUUUUCCACUCCCCUGUGCCCGAAUCUGGACGAGCAAGGUCUCGAGCUACUGGACUACCUGUUGAUUUGCGAUCCCGUGACUCGUAUUUCUGCCAAGGCAGCCCUUAACCACCCUUACUUUGACGAGAUCCUGGGACGUACCCAAUCAGAGCAGGAAUGA